AUGAAUAGCAAUGUUGGUGCUCAACGAAAUCGUGUCGAAUUGAAAAUUAAAAAGAAUCCAAUCAUGCAACCGCAAACAUCUACUCCACAAACCUAUUAUACUAAAAAGGCGAGUUCAAAUGUUCGUUAUGCAAUUCAAGACUCUGAUGCGAUUGACUUAUUCGCUCAACUUAACUCUACAGUAACCAUUGGAAAGAAUCUACAAGCCAAACUUGAGAGAGAAUUGAUAAUUAAAAGAUUGAAACAAAGUUUGUUCAAUUAUUAUAUUGAAAACCUUUAUGGUUCCAACAUUGAUCAAGAUCAAUUAAGCACGAUUGUUGAAAAGGAUAUCGAAUCUUAUGAUCUGGAUAACGUUUGCAAUGAAUCCAGAAUCGUUAAAGACCAAACAAUGCUUGUACCAAGCACAUACAGUUAA